GAAUGCUUGCCCGGCCCGUCGACCGGCUCCAAUCGAGUGGCAGGCAAGAGUUUGAAGUCUCUCAUGAGGGAAAGUUUCAAAGCUCGCUUCCACUAUCCUCGUAUGCCCUCGCAAUCAGUCAAGAUUGGUUGGCGUUCCAGGCAGUGACCAAUGCCAGGCAUAAAGUCAUUCUGACUUUAGUGCGUCUGGCGGCUGGGUUUGACAAUUGGACGGAGGGAAAACUUCUUAUUGACACGCAACAUCAAGAGCGCAUUGAAGCUGCUUGCUUUGGCCAACGUACUUUUCCUUGCGUAUUGGUGACGGCCUCGAAAGAUUCACUGCGUUGUUUGAGGCUUCCGGCUGAAGACUGCUAUGACCAGAAACUGGAAAGUGAGCUCGUCAAGGAAGACUUGGGUCAAGUGUGUCACUUGAGCCUAGAUGCUGCUGAUAAAUGGAUAGCCGCCACAGCUGGCAACCUGAUCUAUGUGGUUGACCUUGAGACGGGCAGAACCAUAUGCCUCGAAGGUCACUUGGCAAAGGUGACUGCGUCAGAGUUUUUACUGCCCGCAGAAGGCUACCCGCAAUCAAAGGAUUGGUUAGUUUCGAUUUCCGAAGACCGCACCUUUAAAGUUUGGGACGUUGCCAACCGAUGUUGCCUAUAUCAAUCGACAAUUCUAUCACCUUACCCUUUGACAUCAGUUGCAAUCGACCCUGAGCAUUUUCGCUGCUGUAUCGGUUCUGAGGAUGGCUUAUUACGCUUUUUCGAGCUAACUCCAAGGAGAGGCAAUGCUUGUGAACCCAGAUGCCUCACGACGAUCGAUAUCUCAAAAACGUUUCGCCAGAUAUCUGAAGAGACCUCCGUCAGCGAGCCCGUGCAGGAUGCUGUAGAGAUUAUUAGUAGUAUUCCGCGAUGGCGUAGCAAGGUUCCCCGAUCGGAGUCAGUGAAUGCCGAUGAUAAAAGACAGGAAAUACACUAUAGCCCGGCGAUUGUCGCUUCCCGUUAUUGCACAUUCCUUCCGAGCUGGGCUCAACGAAGUCAAGCAUUGGCAGAAAGCGACGCAUUGCGAAUGGCAGAAGGAGGAGGAGUGGAUCGAGUGAGGCUCAUUGUAGGCUGCGUGAAUGGCGCGGUUAUAAUUGACCCCGUUUCCUACGCAAUUCUGUGCCGCGUGUCCUAUCAGCAAAGUUACCCACCUUUGACAUCUACGUCAUCGACCCAAGAAGCCACUUUACUCCACGCUGGAUUUUCAGGAACAGCAGGCGCAUACGCGCUCCCUGCAAGAUGGGCAUCUCCCAAUACAUGCGCGGUUCUCGUGGGCAACAGUUUCAGCGGGGAGUCGAAUCUAAUUCUUAUAAGAGAAAAACUGGAGCAGCCGCAACAGGCUUUGCCGGUAUCUGAUGGAACAUUGCAAAGCGUUGUGCGAACUGCCGUGGAGCUGAAUGUGCAGCGGCCCUGGUCGGACAAUAUCUUGCGAGAUUGUUUAGUCCAACUUUCGAAAUUACACAUACGUAGUGUGGAAGACGUGAAAGCUGCUGGAGAAAUUCAGUAUCCUUCUAACAUCCCAUCCUAUGUUCAAACUGCCCUCGCCCUCGUUGGAAAAGGGGACGAGAUCAACAUACAACAGCACAAUGAACUAGCAUUUAAAAUUUUGGAUUCAGUAUCCUUUCACCCCUCCUCCCCCCUCAAGACCAAAUCAAAACCUACCACCUCUUCAUGCACUAACAAACCUAUCAACGCCAAGGGACGAGGCAAAACGACAGGAAUUGUUCAAAAUAAGCCAGUCACAUUUCACGCGCAAGUGAAGUCUUCAGGAUACAGUGAGAAGUCUACCUCGAACAAGCUCUUUGGCCGGAAACCCGCUCCGCGCCCGGCCAAACGGAGAACUGAUGCAUUGGAGUUUCGAUAUCCCUGCGACUCUGAACCUCCAGUAAAGCCAGACAAACUCCCGCCCGUCGUAAACCAUUCAAAACCAAUUACUUGCGUCAAGUUUAACGCGAGUGGGUCCGCGUGCGCAACUGCUUCAAGCGAUGGCACAGCCAGAUAUCAUCGCACGCCGCUUUCCAGCGAAACACACAUGAAGGACCUCAUGGGACACAACGGACCCUUAACGACUGUUUCCUGGAGCCACUCUUCCACAAGUCAGUAUGGGCAAUUGCUGCUGACUGCGUCUUUGGACGGAAGUGCUCGUCUGUGGACGGUCAAGCAAUCUGAGCCGCUUUUGGAAUUUCGCAAGGUCUUGGGGAAUCGAAAUCCGAAACCCAAAGUACCCCCACUGACUGCUAAAGUGGAUACUAAGCAAGCGUUUUCCAGCGAAAUACGGCACACUCGCUUUUAUUACAACGAUCAGUUUAUUUUGAUACCGUCGGGGCCCGAUUGCAACCUGUACACCUACCACCUUGAGAAACCUGACAAAGGUUCCGUUCGCCCUCAGCUUAACUACAACUGGUACAAAUUGGCCUCGAAAUUCAGCUCCUCAGCUCACAGCCUGACUGCCCUCGCAUGCAUGAAUGCUAGAAAGUCGCAUCUGAUCCUAACAGCUUGUUCUGACAAGCAGAUCCAUGUAUGGGAUGUUGCCCAAUGUUCUGUGGUCCGCUCAAUACGUCAGGCGCAGACAAGAGUAAUACAUGCACUUGCACUUGCGGAUUACGAACAUCCACCCCCAGCUUUUGAGAACGUCUUUGUCAGCACUGCGGUCACCGACUCCAUCAAAUGCUGGGAUCUCAGACAAGAAAGAGCCAUACUGCAUUUACACGGACACUGCAAUCGUUAUGCACAAGUCGGAUGCGCCUUGUCGCCUUGUGGACGAUAUAUAGCCUCGGGCUCCGAGGACAAUCAUGCCUACCUUUAUGAUGUGCGGAAGAGCGCGGUUCUAGAGAGAUUACCAGGCCACACGGAUGUCGUAUCAUCUGUUGACUUCAACCCACUUUACCCCAAGGUUGCCACUGGCUGUCAUGAUGGCAAGCUGCGCUUAUUUACGGCGUAACUUAAUAGCAGUCGAUCUGGCCAAGUAGAGAGCAAAACUGUGCCACUUGCGCGUUCCCUUUGGUGUUCUGCAUCCAUUGUUAGUGUAUUGGCAAUAACAAAUGU